AUGGCGGCAAACCAGAGCAUCAAGGAGCUUCUGGCGGCCGAGACGAAAGCUUCCAAGAUUAUAAGCGAAGCACGUCAAGAACGUGGCGAACGACUAAAACAGGCAAAAUUGGAGGCGGAGGCUGAAAUCACAGCUUAUCGUAAGAAAAUGAAGCAUACAUUUCAGCUGAACAGCAACACCGACCUUUUGGGAAACGACCAGAAUGUAUUGGAAGAGGAGACUCAGCGUGACAUUAAAAAGAUGGAGACCGAGUUCGAGCAGAAUAAGCAGGCAGUCGUUGCCAUGAUGGCACAACAUGCUGUCCGUGUGCAAAUCCGUGUACCUGAGGCACGUAAAGCGUAG